AUGACGAUGCCAUCGCGGACGACGCGCGCGGUCGCGUCGUCGUCGUCGUCGCGCGGACGGUCGCGCGCGAGGUGUCGACGUGCGCAUCCGUGCUCGCAUCCGCGCGGCGGUGGACGCGCGCGCGGGACGGACGCGCGCGCGCGCGCGGACGAGGUCUCGAGCGAUCCGUGGGAAGCCCUGGGGGUGGCCGAGGGCGCGUCCAGGGAGGCGGUGAAGCGGGCGUACAAGAGACUGGCGAAGAUGCAUCACCCGGACGUCGUGAGAGGGGAAGAGGCGCAGGCGGAAUCUUUGGAGAUUUUCAUCAGAGCCAAGACGGCGUACGAGGCGCUGACGAGAGCGACGACGGGAGAUUUAAAGGACGUCAAGACGGAGGCGUGGAGAAUGAAAUGGAAGACACAGUUGACGAAAAUGAGAGAGCUCGAACUCGGACGACGACGACGGGUGCGACGGGCUCGAGAGGCUCGAGAGGCGCGCGCGGGCUCGGCGGCGGACGGCGACGCGAACGACGGCGACGUCGAGAGCGCGGUCGGAACGGAGGAGAUGCGUGAGCAGAUCGAUGCCCAGAUUGCGGGUUUGCGCGAUCGCGGUCGUCGCCGCAGGAACGUGAUGAAACCAAAGGUUCGGAACUGGGAGGAGCCUUUUCCGGUGGUGGACGACGCGUACGACUGGAAUCACUCGGUGCAGUGA